AUGAGGCAAGAGCGUGAAGCAAGAGUCCUUCACAAGAGUUCUUCACGAGAGUCGGAGGCUUACGUCCCUUGCGCCGCGGGGAGACGGACAAAGAUGAAGAAGAAGAAGAAGAAGAAGAAGAUGAUGAAGAAAAAGAAGAAGAAGAAGAGGAAGAAGAUGGGAAGAAAGAGAAAAAGCAAUAAUAAUAAGGCGAAGAAUGAGAAGGAA